AUGCCUCCUCAAGCAUCUGGGAAAGCUGUAAAGAAGGCCGGAAAGGCACAGAAAGCUGUCCGAGCUGGUGACAAGAAAAAGAGGAAGAAGCGCAGGAAGGAAUCUUUCGCUAUUUACAUCUACAAAGUUUUGAAACAAGUUCACCCUGACACUGGCAUCUCGAGUAAGGCUAUGUCUAUCAUGAAUUCAUUCGUUAAUGACAUCUUCGAAAGAAUUGCAGCUGAAUCUUCUCGCUUAGCUCAUUACAACAAGAGGAGUACUAUCACUAGCCGAGAAAUACAAACUGCAGUACGUCUAUUGUUGCCUGGUGAACUGGCAAAACAUGCUGUUUCGGAAGGAACCAAAGCUGUCACCAAGUACACCAGCUCUAAGUAAAUUUUCAAAGCUUUCCCCAUCAAAAAAGGCCCUUUUCAGGGCCAGAAUAUGAUAAAGGUUAGCUGUUACCUGCUUAUCCUUAAAUCACUCAUUGUUCAAUUUAUAAUUUCAUAUUGGCAUUUUUAAAAUUAAUUCACACUCUUUGCAAAAGAAAUUGAUCAUAUAUAUUUCAGCUCUACAAGUCAUCAUCUUUAUCCUCAUUGCUCUGCAUCCAAUUUCUUAUCUUCAAAAUGAGGAUCUAAUACACACACAAUAACCGAAUAAGGAAAAAUUGUACUUUAGCAGUUAGUCCCAGCUCACUUAUAUACACACUGCUUUCCGGAAAUCAGCCUUAAUACAUUUCAAUGCAGGUGGUUUUUCAUAAGUUUGCUAUUUAUCAAAAUGUAUGCAUAUCAGUGUCAUAGUUUUCAGGUGUACGUAUCACGAAUCGUUUCACUAGCUCAGUCACAGCCUUUCUCCGAGUAACUGGAACGAAAACAUUCAAUGGUAUGCAAAGCAUAGCAAGUGCUGGCGGGACAGGAAACUGGCUAGCCUGCCCAGACGGGACAGUGGUUAGCGAAGCUAACUGCCGGGCCGGAAGGCCCGGGUUCGAAUCCCAAAGGGGGGCAGGAAGGAAGGAAGGUAGGGGGCGGGGUGGGGAUAUCAUCUGGAUGAAAUUGCUUCUCCGCAAAUAAAUCAUAUUUUUUUAAUUAAAAAAAAUUAAUUAAAUAUUUAAAAAAUUCAGCUUUUGCCGGUUUAUAAAUAAUAAACUAUGAUGCAUCACAAAAUGCUAUCUUUUGUCACUGCUUUGCUUUCAUAAAUCCUCGCAUGUUUCGCAAACGGUUUGACCACAGCCUUUCUCCGAGCCUAUCGAAAGAAUACAUUCAACAAAGGUAAGAUAUAAGGAACAUUUCUUUCUCUUCGUGGCCACAUUUAUAAUUUAUAGACUUAUUUUUCACAUUUGCCGCAUUAGAAAAUACAGUCGUUUCCUCAGUUUCAGAACAUAUCAUUUCCUUCGUUGCCACAUUUAUAAUUUGUGGACUUACUUGUCGCAUUAGAAAAUACAUUCAUCUCCUCAUCGACUUCAAAAACUUUUCAUUCACUUCGCUAUCGCAUUAGAAAAUACAGUCGUUUCCUCAGUUUUUCAUUGAUUCUACAACUUAAUACAAAUGUGACAUUUCUGAAACCAUUUUUCAUUAAAAAAAACCAUAUUUAAACAUUUUUAUUGAUUAAAAAUACAUAUUUUGACAACAUUUCAUACCACGAACAUUGAAAUUUCAUGCCACAAAUCCGAUAUUUCAUCCCACAAACAAUAAAAAAAGAAACCGCACUAAAAAUAUAUAUUUUAACAACAUACAAAUAGGUCACAUUUCAUUUCUUCUCUCUCUCUAAAGUGGUUCUGCUGUGAACCCAUCCAAUAGCAAAAAACAUCAAUCAAUAAAAAUUGCAAGUUGCAGUUUUCAUUGAUUCAGUUGCAGUUUUUCAUUGAUUCUAGAACUUAGUACAAAUGUGACAUUUCUGAAACCAUUUUUCAUUAAAAAAACCAUAUUUAAACAUUUUUAUUGAUUAAAAAUACAUAUUUUGACAACAUUUAUUUCAUGCCGCAAAUCCGAUAUUUCAUACCACAAACAAUAAAAAAAGAAACAGCCUCUAAAAAUACAUAUUUUAACAACAUACAAAUAGGUCACAUUUCAUUUUUUCUCUCUCUCUAAAGUGGUUCUGCUGUGAACCCAUCCAAUAGCAAAAAACAUCAAUCAAUAACAAUUGCAAGAAAUUGGGUAAUAUUCACUAAACACUGCACGCAUUCUGGGAACUGUGAGAUGAUUCCAUCUGCUUUUAAAUGAGCUUUUUUUGAGAUGUUUGAUUAAAUGAGCUUUUGAGUAAAUUCUUCAAAUAUUCUAAUUAUUACUCAAAUGAGAACCGAUAAUGAUCACAUCAAUGAAUCAUCCUGCUGAAUCCGCUCAGAACAUGCAUUCUGAGUUUCAUUUCAGUAAUGCAGUUUAUCCAUAUCCAUAACAUUUAUCUUUCAUGAUGCAGUUUCAGCAAUGCAGUUUUCAUUUCAGUAAUGCAGUUUAUCCAUAACAUUUAUCUUUCAUGAUGCAUACCAAGCGUUUCAAAAUUACAGUUUUAUCUUUCAACAUGCAUACCUUCAAAGACAUUGAUGCACUAUCAAAUAAAUACAAAAUUUUUCAUAUACACAGCAAAGUAUUCACAUGUACAUACAUAGUAAAGUAUUCAGGGUUUUCAUAUACAUCGUAAAUACGAAGUAUACAAAUAAAGAUGACAUCAAAUAAAUAUUUUUAACAUAAAAAAAUAUUGAAUACAAAUACAUAGAAUACAAAUGAAAUACAAAUACAUAGCACAUACGCAGUAAAGUCUGUCUGACAUGAAGAUGCACUAUAUUAAGUGGAAGACUUCACAAAGCAUUUAGAAUUAUGGGAUAUUAUUUUUUUCACAAAACAAUUAUUAUUAUAAACAAUAAACAUUUACACAACAGGAAAAAAAAAUUACAAGACAU